AUGGCGGUUUCCCCGCCAUCUUUUCAGCUCUCGCUCGCGACUGGCACAUCAAACAUCUCGAUCCCGGAUUUCGAAGGACGUCUCGCCUCCUUCGGCGCCGGUAUUGCCGCAGGCCACGCAACUCUCGAUUCUAUUCGAUUCGAUUCGAGCCGUGCUCUCUCUAUCUCCAUCCUUCCACAUACCGGUAGAUCAUGUCAUCUUCCCAAUAUACGCUAUGCCAUAUAA